GAACACCUCGUCGUUGACGAAUGACAGCUGCGACGUCACCUCCUGGGCAAUACUCCAUCACGAGACAUAAAUUUCCGGUGACGGGUGAUUCAAAAGAGUCGAAAUAGCGAAUGAUAUUCGAGUGAUUCAACUGAGACAAGAGUCGGCCUUCCUGACGGGCAGCAUCGCGUUGUUUUUCAUCUCGGAUGCAGAUUUCCUUUAGCACGUAAUUCAAGGCUCCGUUUUCAGGACUUUUGCAAUUGCUACGUACCCCGUUUGCUCCUUUCGUCUCCGUCGUCGCCAUUCGUAUCAAGAAAACAGUCCCAAAAGAUCCACGACCGAGCACUCGUUCCUUGAUGUAAUUCAACGCCAUUUUGUUGUUGUUAUUCUUCCGCUCUGUGCGUGUGAGCUGUACGCGCUCGAUUGAUCUCUCCCUCUUUCUGUGAUAUCCCUUUGUUUACUUAUUUUCCGUCACCUAGGCAACCGUAACUAUUUAGUUCUAGUUAGUAUAUAUUUCUUCGAAUAAUUUGUCUUUCUUUUUGCUUUUAGUCGAUUAAAUCAUACCACCUAAAAUCUAAUAUAAUAAGAAGUUGAAAUAGAUUUACGGACUUUGGAUAACGUUGGUAUUCAUCUGCGCAUUUUACUUUUAGAAAACAAAUUGACUAUGGCGCUACUGCGCCUGCUCAGUUCAUAUCCAUUCACUACUCCUGUGCUGACUUUUAUUUGAAACUUGAAACAGCCCAAGUAAAAUUUGACGUGAAAGUAAAUGUACGGUAAUUUGUGGCUCUAAAUAAAAAUUAUUUAUGUCAAAAUUUGUUUAAAAUGUUUCAGCUCAUUAAGCGUUAGUCAUUAAACUAAAUAAGUCUUAACAAUGCGAUUUUUCGGUACUUUAAAAGAAACGAUUGCGGUGCGCUCUUAAUUAGCGACUGCGAAAUAUUCGACAUUUUGAGAAGGGAGCGGGAAAAAAAUUCCAACUACUUCGCAUGACUUGGUUUACGUUAGCGGUGGAAUAGAAAGGCGAACGAUAUGAUUGUAUCACGAAAAAGAUGGACAGCGAUCUAACCACUAAUUCUAUUUUAUAGACGUAGGCGGCCGUAUUUGCUUUGUAUUAACGGUACAUUUUCCAUUCGUAUAAAAUAAAAAUCUAUUAACACUUCCUUUUCAAAUGCUCAUUCACACGGAAAUUCUUCAAUUUUUUUAAAUGCAAAACAAUGGAGUCCGUUACCUUUUUUGUGACGUCACCGAGUUCUUGUUGGUUGGUUUGUCCAUCGUUGAACUCUCUCGAAAUCUUUUGGAUGUGCAUUUCAACGUGCUGGUUCCCUUAUUGAGUUUUAAUAGACGUAACCGGUUGUGAGUAUUUGGUUGUUGACCAGCGGCGGGUUCACGACACUCCUUUAUUUAUUCUCGAUGCGAACGAACGAGAGAAAACCAAGAAAUGUUCUACUUUUCUAUUUUAUGUUAUCGUUUCUUUUGAAAAAAGGUGAAAAUUGUGGUUGCGAGUUUCUUUUCUUGACUGCAUUUAUGCAUAAAUUUAAAUUUUCAUCCACAAAUGUCGUCGUUACAUCAUAGUAACAGCAGACAACAGACUGCUAAUCACAGCUGUCUGCUUAGUUGAAUUUAUGCAACAAUGGGUAGAGUUGGCGGAUGGGCGUGAUUUCAGAAUAAAAAAGAAGUUCACCUUGCCGUGCAACCUUCCUCCAAGGCAACCCAGACAUAUCACUCGACUGGGGGGUAAGUGAAGUAAAGUAUUGGUUGCGAAGUGCGUAUCAGCCGUGUAGUGUUGAAGUUCAACAGAAAUCAUCAUCCAAAAUAUUCCUACUAGUUCAUUUUAACCCUUCUUUCACAUUUUUCAAACAAGUGUUGUUUGGAAGCACCUUAACCAAACAUCAAACAAGUUUCUGAAGAGCCCAUUCCCCAGAACGAUAUUAUCGAGAUAAAGAGAAAGUCCAAGACUUUCACCAUCAGCAGAGACUUUCACGCUGUGUUAGAGGCCCACACUGCCCCGGGACUUGAACGCAGUGCUAGAGGCAAUCAGGAUAUACAUAAAAUUUUUUUUUUCUUUUUAAGUCGCAGUCAUAUAGAGGAGACCGACUGUUGCAGAUGUCGUGCAGCGGGAAGCCGCUUGUUUAAUGCACAAUCACGCAGUUGUCGGUUACGAAAUGCAGGUACAAAAGCCUUUUUUUGACAGAGUUUGCGUGAGCAUAAUAUAAUAGUACGAGCUUUAACAAAGAGAAAAGAAUCAAAGUCGGCCAACUAAGCCACAUUCUCCCCAAGUUGCGCGUGUUUUUAUUAUUACAGAAUAUAGUACUGUUAGUUAUUAUUUGAACAGCAGUGUUUUCACCAGUAGCUCAGUGUCUGUGUCCUGGGCAUGAUGUGCAUAAUGUGGUCGGUGAAUUCCUUACUUCGUGCGACGUGUUUAUUGAUUCUCACUGUAAUUACAACAACUAGUUGUAACGGUCAAUAUGUGAAUCAAACCAACACCUACAACUCCGAAGGUCCGUGGGUCUUGACUGCUGAUCCACUGAAACUUGAAAAAAUCACGGAAAAAUUUCCGUAUACCAUCAAUCUAACCUUGAGUUAUGCCAAAAGUGAGGAUGAUUCGCCACCGGUUUACGCAGCCACACCAGAAGCCUUUCGUUUUGUCGUAAAAGUCUCAAUGUCAAAUCGACAGACUGUGGCAAUUCAGGAUAACAACCAGAAAAUCGAGUUUACUUGGGCCGAAAUUACUGAAGGAACUAACAAGUCCAUCGAAGUUAUCGGGCAAGUAAUUGGUUACGUCGAUCUCAACUUUGUUUUGGACAUUUUACCAGCAAACGAUUCAUCCGUUCCUGUGAAAACGAUCCCCAUUUUAUCCAGCUAUUUGGUGACCGUCGUUCGGGCUAGUGAUACGCUGGAUAACGUAUUCACCAUUAUUAUGAUUGUAAUGGCGGUGCUUAAUUUAAUCAAUAUGGGAUGUGCACUUGACUUGGCUAUCGUAAAACAAAACGUUCUCCGUCCAGUCGGAUUAAUCGUUGGAUUCAUCUCCCAGUUUACUUUCAUGCCAUUGUUUUCAUUUGGCGUAGCUAUGCUCAUGAUCCAGGACCCUCUGAUGGGUUUUGGAUUGUUGGUGAUUGGCGUUUGCCCCGGUGGCAUAGCCUCGAAUUUUUGGACGUUGCUGUUGGACGGUGACGUCAAUCUGAGUAUAACUAUGACCUUCGUUUCGUCAAUUGCUGCCAUGGGAAUGAUGCCAUUGUGGCUUUGGCUAUUGUCUGGGUUCUUCUUACCUAAAGGAUCUUCCGUCAAAGUGCCUUAUGACAACAUGGCCCUAUCUUUAAUUUUAUUGACAUUUCCACUUGGAAUCGGAAUUUUGAUUCGUCGAUUCAAAUUUUCUCUCGCCGAAUUUUUAACUGGGAAAAUUCUGAAAAAGUUUUCCGUCUUUUUCAUCAUCUUUAUUAUCGGACUGGGAAUUUACAGCAUGUCGCACAUAACCGUUCUAAUGGAUUGGAUUUUGUUAGCUGCCGGAUUAGCCGUGACAGUGUCGGGUUUCCUGUUUGGCGCUGUUUUCGCUUGGGUUGCGCGGCUCAGUCGCCCACAGAUUAUUGCCGUGUCGUUAGAAACGGCUAUGCAAAACGCCAAUGUUGCAUUUGUCCUACUGAAGACAACUUUACCGACUCCAUACAGCGAUAUUGCUGCACUUCCGGCAGUGGCUCAGAUAAUCAUGACAACUUCUAUAUUGUUUUUCUUUUUAGGAAUCAAUACCACGUAUAAAUGCGCUCAGAAAUACUGCAUACAACCCAAAAAAGAAAAAGAAGAAAUAGAAACUAACAAUUCCAGCGGAUAUCGCAACAAAGCAUACUGCGCCGAUGAAACGACUGCAGUAGGAAAUCCAUUGUAAUCCAAUCUCUUGCAACUGUAAAUAUUUUAAAAAUCCAAACGAGUAUAAUAGACUAGAGCAAUAUGGGAUAUAUUGCGGUCUUAGGAAUCAGAUAUGCUGAGGGAGUCAUUGAACGUUUUGAUUACAUUAUUCAGACAAGCACAAUUUAUUACUUUAUCCAAGUGACAUAAAAAUACCUUAAUAAGAAUGCCAAACAUUCCUUUCCAAUUUUGUAUUGUACUUGGUGAUUUGUCGAAUAAACAUUUGAAUUUU